AUGGAGGCCGUUGAAGGAGUUGAUCUCACAGGCAAAACGUCAGUUGUCACCGGCGGCAAUAGCGGCAUUGGCGUGGAGACAGUCAGGGCUCUGGCCAACGCUGGCUCGCGAGUCAUCCUCACCAGCCGUUCAGUCGAGGCUGGAGAGAAGGUUGCGCAACAGCUUAAGGCAGAAGGCGUGAAGGGUGACAUCAUAGUGAAGCAGCUGGACUUGGCAGAUCUACAAAGCAUCCGCCGAUUCAGUAAGGCCUUCAAGGCGGAAGAGAGGGGACCGGAUCUGCUGAUACUGAAUGCAGGCGUCAUGGCCUGCCCGCUGUCGUACACCAAGGACGGCUUUGAGAUGCAGAUUGGCACCAAUCACUUUGGGCACUUUGCCCUGACAAGGGACCUUCUACCUUCCAUGAAGGCACUGAAAACCCCAGCACGAGUGGUGGCAGUGUCCAGCAGAGCUCAUGAAAUGGGUUCAAUCUUUUUGGAGGACUUGCACUACAGAAAUCGGUCUUACUCUGCCUGGAGCUCAUAUGGGCAGUCAAAGCUGGCAAAUGUGCUGUUUGUCAAGGAGCUUGCAAAAAGGUUGGAGGGUAGCAAUGUGAAGGCGUACUCUCUCCAUCCUGGCGUGAUCAACACUCCUCUUGGCAGGCAUGUGUAUGGCGAGAGCUACCUGGGCAGUGCUGUGAAGCUAGCAGUGGGCAUCUUGGCCUGGCCGUGGUUCAAGUCUCCUGCUCAGGGGGCCGCCACCUCUGUCACCGCAGCCGUCAGCCCCGAUCUGGAAUCGCACUCCGGCGUAUACCUGCAUGACUCUCAGAUCAAGGAACCGUCAAAGGCUGCUCAGGACAUGGAGAUGGCCGGCGAGCUGUGGACAGAGACAGAGAAGCAACUGGCAGAGGCGGAAAAGAAGCUCAAACCAGAUUUCCAGCCAGGCUCCAUUAAGCAGGUCGGGGGUUUUUCCGACAUCGAGGUCUACGUCAUGGCUGGCCCCAAAGCCUUCAAUUUUCACACCACCGCCUUGCAAGUUGUCGAGGGCGUUGAUUUGUCAGGCAAGACUGCCAUUGUGACGGGUGGCAACAGCGGUAUUGGGGUGGAGACUGUGCGGGCUUUGGCAACUGCGGGUGCCCGGGUCAUCCUGACAAGCCGCUCUGUGGAAGCUGGCCAGAAGGUGGCUCAGCAGCUCACAGCAGAUGGUGGCCUCAAGAGUGAUAUCAUUGUGAAGCAGCUGGAUCUAGCAGAUCUGCAGAGCAUCCACAGCUUUACAAAGGACUACCUGGCGCAUGAGAAGGGCCCGGAUCUGCUCAUCCUGAAUGCAGGCGUCAUGGCCUGCCCAGAAGCCUACACCAAGGACGGAUUCGAGAUGCAGAUUGGAACCAACUACUUUGGCCACUUUGCGCUCACAGCCGAUCUGCUACCUUCCAUGAAGGCCUUGGGAAGGCCGGCGCGCGUCGUUGUGGUGUCCUCAUCUGCACAUGCCGUACAUCCAUCCCCCAUGACUCUGGAUGACCUGCACUACAAGAAGUCAAAGUAUGCUUGGUGGGGCGCUUAUGGGCGCUCCAAGGUGGCGCUCAUCCUAUUUGCAAAGGAGCUGUCACGGAAGAACGAGGGUGCCAAUAUCAAGGCCUACUCCCUGUGUCCUGGUGCCAUCAAGACCCCGCUGCAAAGGCAUAUGGGAACUGGGGGCCCCUUGACUUGGGUAAAAAAUGGUAUCGGACACAUUCUUGGGGCGCUGACCAUGGGCUGGAAAACUCCCUCCCAGGGAGCCUCCACCACCCUCACAGCAGCGCUCAGCCCAGAUCUGGAAGCUCACCCAGGCGCGUACCUUGUGAAUUGCCAGAUCAAGGCGCCCUCCAAAGCAGCCCAGGACAUGGACAUGGCGGCUAAGCUGUGGGUGGAGACUGAGCGGCAGCUGGCAGAAGCUGAACAGAAGCUGAAAGUUUGA